UAGGUAAAUGUGGAGAAACGUGGUAAUGCGAAAGUAGUCGCGACGUUUCUCAGCGGUGGUGCAAUAAGUUAAUAAGUAAACUUAUAUAAAUAUUAUUAUAUUCGCUAGAUUUUGAGUGGACAGGCCUGGAAGUUGUUUGUCUGGUUGACUGCUUUACAGGUUUGGUGAAAAUGGCUUGCAAAACUAUCAAGUUGAAUACAGGGGCUGCCAUGCCCACUAUAGGCUUGGGAACUUGGAAAUCUAAGCCUGGUGAAGUUAAAGCUGCGGUCGAAACUGCUAUUGAUGCGGGAUAUCGACACAUUGACUGUUCUAUUGUUUAUAGAAACGAGGCUGAAAUUGGCGAGGCUAUCCAGAGCAAAAUCCAGGAAGGCGUUAUUCGAAGGGAAGACCUUUUUAUUACCUCGAAAUUAUUCGUUACAUUUCACAGACGAGUGAGAGAUUGUAUUGAAAGAAGUCUUCGUUCAUUAAAACUAGAAUGCGUUGAUUUAUAUUUGAUUCAUUGGCCGAUGGGUUUUCACUUCAAUCCUGGAGAUGUCCUUGAAAUGACGAAAGACGGUAAACCCUAUAUGGACGAGGAAAUCCACUACGUGGAUGUUUGGAAAGAAAUGGAAAAAUUGCAAAAAGAGGGUUUGACAAAAGCAAUCGGAGUUUCAAAUUUUAACAAGCAUCAAGUUGCCGAAAUUCUGCAGAGUUGUGCAAUACCACCAGCAGUCAAUCAAUAUGAAAGCCACGCCUAUCUUCAACAAGACGACUUGCUGAAAUUCUGCCAAUCGAAUGCAAUCGUUGUGACGGCAUACAGCCCGCUCGGAUCUGCCGAUAGGCCUUGGGCGAAACCAGAUGAUCCAAAGCCACUCGAGGAUGCCAUUAUCAAAGAGAUUGCUGAAAAGCAUAACAAAACAGCCGCUCAAGUUUUACUCCGGUAUCAAAUUCAACGUGGCAUGGUUGUUAUCCCAAAAAGUGUGACUCAAUCCCGAAUUCAAAGUAAUUUUCUCGUUUUUGAUUUUGAACUGAACGAGGAUGAGGUGUCACUCAUAAGAAAGCCAGAUCGGAAUUGGCGUGCGUUGAAAAACGAGUGGUUAUAUGGUCAUAAGCACCACCCUUUCAACGAAAACAAUUGUGAAUAAAAUCAAAUGGAUGAAUGUGCAAGAUGCACCUUUGUAAAUGUUGAGAAUUUUCUAAAACUGCCAUUAAGAGUCUUGCAUAAUAUUCGAGGCUUCAUUAUGAUGAUCUUUCAAUAUUACCGAUUUUGUACAGCUUAAUAAACAAACUUCUUUAUUACUCUUUUAAA